AUGGAUAUGAAUCAAUAUACUAUGAAUCCACCAGCAGAUAUUUUUGCAAGAUUUGAACAAGUUAACAACACAAAUCCAGUAUAUAAUGAAGCUUUAAGUACAAUAAAAGAGAAAAUUUUGACUAAAUUCAGAGAAGAAUUAGAUAAAGCUAAAUCAAAACAACCACCUGAUUCGGAAAACAUACAUAUAAGACGAUUCGAAUCUGCAGUUAAAUAUUUAUCCGAAGCAAUGAGAAGUGCUCUUGAAGUUGAAUUAAAAUAUUGCAAAGAUGAUAUUGUUCUUCGUAUUCGAGAUAAUGAAAAAAAAUUACAAAAUGCAUUUAGUAGUAGAGAUGUUAAAAGUAUGAAAAAUGUUCUUCUAGAAUAUCAAAGCUCACAAGGUAUGCAAUCUUUUAUCAAUAAAGGUGAAGAACUUGCUUUGAGACAGAUACAAGAAAUUAUUUUGAAAAUAAAUCAAAAUUUUGAAAAUUACGAAAUUAGAGAAGCAUUAACUAAUGUAAAAAAAUUAUGUGAUUACAAAAUUGAAUUGGAAGACGUUAUUGAUGAUAUUAAACGACCAUAUUCGGAAGUACAACUACGAAUAAUAAAAAUAUUUGAAGAUGCAUAUUUAUGUUUAAUGAAUCGAUUUUUAAAUCCUAAUAUAUCUAUGAGUGCAAAUGAAAGUAUUGCAGUAGUAGAGAAAAGUUUUAUUUGUUUGAUAGAAUUUAUGAAAUUUAAAGAUGAUCAUAACGAUCAAAAGGUUAUGAUUCAUAUACUUCCAGAAGAUUUUAAUGAAAAAAUCAACACAUUAAUUAGAAAAAUUAAAGAUUACUCGAGUGAACAUGAGAAAAAAUAUAAAAAUGCAUUAGAAAACAUUGAUGUCGUCUCUCUUGCAAAUACUCUCGAAUAA